AUGAACCAUGAGCUGCUCAGAGCUGCUGCCACCGGCGACAAGGCGCUCCUAGACCAGGUCCUCGGUUUGAGAAGCACUACUGAUAAUGGAGGCGAGUUGGAAGCCACGCAGCGAGGCAACCCGAGCUGCCUGAAAGGCGUCACCUCGGAGGGGAACACGGCGCUCCAUAUCGCCGCCGGCCGUGGCUACCUGGAGCACGCCCGCAUAAUGUGCGACCUUGACGCGUCGCUCGUCAGGGCCAGGAACAACCUGCGCAACACUCCUCUGAUCUGUGCCGCGAAGGCCGGGCAUGUCGACGUGGUGUGCUACCUCAUGGAGCAUGCCCUUGCCCCUGCGACGGUGGCAGCGUCGCCGCCGUGGUAUGCUGGCGCGUCUAGCGACGAGGAGUCCAUGAUACGGGCCAGGAACUCGGAAGGUGCGACCGCGAUGCACGAGGCCAUCAGGAACGGCCAUGAGGCGGUCCUGGCGAAGCUCAUGUCCGCGGACGGUGGGCUGGCCGCGGUGGUCGACGGGAAGGGCUUCUCCCCGUUGUACCUGGCGGCCGCGUUAGGCCGCGCCGACAUGGUCGAUGUCCUGAUCGCAGGCUCUCCGCCUGAUGGGGUGAAAUCUCCGGCGUACUACGCCGGACCCGAUGGACAGACUGCCCUGCACGCUGCGGUCCUUGCCAGUGAAGAAAUGAGCAAAUCGCUGUGGUGCUGGGAGCCGACGCUCGCGAAGAAGGUGGACAACUCUGGGAACACGGCCCUCCACCAUGCGGCGUCGGCUGGGAAGAUCGGAGCAGUGAAGCUUCUCCUGCUGGAGGACUCUUCGCUGGCGUACAUCCCGGACGUGGACGGGCUCUUCCCCGUGCACACCGCCGCAAAGAUGGGCAAGAUCGACAUCAUCGAGCAGCUCAUGGAGACGUGCCCCAACAGCGACGAGCUGCUGGACAACCGAGGGAGGAACGUCCUGCACUGCGCCAUCGAGCACAAGAAGGAGAAGGUGGUGCAGCACAUGUGCAAGAACCCGAGGUUCGGGAGGAUGAUGAACGCGCGGGACAGCAGGGGGAACACGCCGCUGCACCUGGCUGUGAAGCACGGCUGCGACAGGAUCGCCAUGCUGCUGGUGCGUGACGUGAAGGUGAACCUGAGCAUCAUGAACAACGACGGCGCGACGCCGCUGGACCUGGCCAUCAACGAGCUCGACCACGGCUACACGUACCCGAUGAACCCGGAGGUCCUGAUAGUGCAGUGCCUGGUGUGGUGCGGCGCGCACCGCAGCCCCCGCCGCCGGGACGAGUACCUGAACAAGCGCACCGGGGUUGGGGGCUCGGAGAAGGAGCUCAGCAAGUUCACCAACCUGACGCAGAACCGCGCCAUCGGGUCGGUUCUCAUCGCGACGGUGACGUUCGCGGCGCCCUUCACCAUGCCCGGGACUGCCGCUGACGCCGCGGAGAGGCCGGCGUUCUGGGCGUUCAUCCUGUCCGACGCGCUGGCGUUCCUGUGCUCCACGGUGGCGACGUGCCUGCUCAUGUACGCGGGGCUCACCACCGUGCACCCCAGGUACCGCAGCCGCUACCACGUCUGGUCCUCCAACCUGCUCCACGUUGGCGUCCUGCUCGUCAUCGCCACCUUCGCCUUCGGCGUGCACCUGGCGCUCAGCCCACCGGGGACCGGGAUCCCCGGUGGGAACCUGAACGCUGCCGUGUGCGCCAUGGCGUGCGUGUCCGUGCUCUUCGCGCAGCCGGGCACCUGGUGGCCCACGGUGCUCGCCAAGCCAAUAUGGGCGCGGCUCGGGCUGAAGGGGCUCCUCGGCGUGCUGCUGGGCCCGCGCCCAAUCCCGUGCCAGAAGCUGCUACUCUCGCGCACGCCGUGGCUCAACCUCUUCAAGAUGCUGGCGACGCUACUCAUCCUCGCAUUGAUCCUCGUCACGUUUCUCUUGGACAUGUCCUACCUGCGGCCACCUGCUGCUCAGCACCGCUUCUCUUCAAAUCUUCUCCUGCAGUCUCAGCGCCAGUUCUGCUCGUACCCUACAUGA